AUGAAAGUGGUGCGGUCUGAAGCCGGUCUGCAGUUCGCAGUGCGAGUGUACCGGCUAGGCUCGCCACCACAGGCCAGUCUAUACAACACUUUCCCGAACCGCGCACGCGCGUACGUUCGCCUGUAUUACAACACUCGGAAACGCUCCGAAAUUACGUGAUUCCAUUUAAAGCCAUUCCCAUUCAAAGUGUAACUACACGUAAAUUCGACUGAUGUAUGUUAUAUAAAAUCUAUUAAGUAACGGGUAGCUGUCAGUACCAUCCCGUGGUUGUUUACGUGAACCUCGUGCUUGACGCACACUUUUCAGCGGUGACAGAAACAGCUGAGCGAAGCGGGAAAUUAGGAGCAAGCGGGAUAACAGCCAAUUACAGGAUCUCGGAUCCACAGAGCAUGCGACGGCUUCACUUGACAGACAGACAUCUUCGCGUGAUGCUGUGGUGCAUUCUACUCGGUUUACAACCAGCAUUCGCUGGCAUUCUGGACCCCUUUAACUGGGCGCGUUCAGACCGCAUCGAAGUCAACAUUCCCUGGUUACCAUUUGAAAAUGAAACAAGAUGCUAUGAUGAACUAGGAUGUCUGAACAUCACCAGAAGCUGGUACCACCUCAUUCACCGGCCCUUCAACGUGUUCCCACUGCCACGAGUCGUCAUCAAUACGAGGUUUAUUUUAUAUACAAAAAAGAACCCAACGGAUGGACAAUUGUUGAACGUGAACGUUAACAAAACUAUAGUAAAGUCCAAUUUCAACCCGAAGCGACUGACUAAGAUGAUCAUUCACGGUUUCAUCGACACGCCGCUCUCUAACUGGGUCAGUGAGAUGAAAGAUGAGCUUGUGAAAGCAGGCGACUUCAAUGUUGUUAUAGUGGACUGGGCCGGCGGCAGUCUGCCGCUGUACACUCAAGCUACGGCCAAUACUAGGCUAGUCGGACUUGAAGUAGCACAUUUCAUUAAUACUUUACAGAAAGAACAUGGCGUUAAUCCAUUAGAUGUCCACAUAAUAGGUCAUUCCUUAGGUGCCCAUACAGCAGGUUACGCAGGAGAAAGAAUUCAGGGCUUAGGAAGAAUUACAGGCCUGGAUCCAGCCGAACCUUACUUCCAAGGAAUGCCGACGCAUGUGCGACUAGAUCCAAGUGACGCGCAACUCGUCGACGUCAUACACACUGACGGAAAGAGCAUUUUCCUUUUAGGAUAUGGAAUGUCACAACCCGUGGGCCACUUGGAUUUCUACCCGAACAACGGGAAGGAGCAACCAGGUUGUGACCUCACCGAAGGACCGCUCGUACCUUUGACACUAGUCAAACAAGGACUUGAAGAAGCUUCCAGGGUAUUAGUAGCCUGCAACCACGUUAGAGCUAUUAAACUUUUCACAGAAUCUAUCAAUGGAAAAUGUUCCUAUAUAGGACAUCAAUGCCCGUCAUACCAACAUUUCCUAACAGGGAAAUGUUUCCAUUGCGGACACGGUUGUGCAAUCAUGGGAUUCCACGCAGACAGCUCCCCGGGUUUGAUUACGAACAAAAAUAAUCAAUCUGAGAAUGAGGUGUUUCCAUCUGAGGAGCACGAUACUAUCGGUGCUAAAUAUUACCUCAGCACGGGCAAGGAUCUACCUUAUUGUCAGCGGCAUUACCGUGUAGCUAUCCAGUUGGCAAAUCCUAAAGGAGCAGAAUCGUGGGUGCAGGGUUUCCUCAAAGUAACUUUGAUGUCUGAUAGAGGCGUAAUCAGAGGAAUGGAUUUAACACCAAAUAACUACGUUAAAUUAGAACAUGGCACUACCUACACCAUAGUGGUCACUCACCCUGUGGACUUGGGUGGAAAAGUUAGAAAGGUGGAGUUAUCGUGGGAGUACGACAUGAAUGUACUGGAGCCGCGAUCUCUUUGCAUACUAUGGUGUAAUGACCGAUUGUACGUCAAGUCAGUUCUCGUCGACCAAAUGGAACUACCAAGCAGAGGGAAAAGAAACGUCGACUUCAGCACAAAAUUGUGCACACCAAAACGCGAGUUUGCUGAAAUUCCCAACCGAGGCUCUGCCAGUUUCUAUGACAACUGCGGCAGGUAGCUGUGCCAUAAUAAACAGUAGGCUUCCCACUAUAGACUUAACUGUCUAUUUAUAGAGACUCUGCGAGUAAGCUUUAAAUAAAAAGUGGACGUAGUAACGAAAAGGAAACAUUUGUCGAAGUGUAAUUAUUACACCAGUGAUUGUUUUCAGUGUGCAGUUGUUACAGGGUGAACAUGUACAUGAGUUUAUUUAAAUUAUGAACACUUGUUUUGUUGCAUGUAGGUAGAUUUACAUUAGGGACUAAAUUGUAUUGGUUAUCAAAUUCAUCGAUUUUCAAUAAGCCCCUGUUAUGUCUACUUCUAUUGGUAGAUAAGUACCUACUACGUUCACGCUAAGUUGUUACAAACUUGGUUUGAACCUAGACAGGAGAUUAUUGAUCGAUGACCAAUAUUUAUACAAUUUAACAUCGGAGG